AUGUUACCUAAUGAACUAUUUAAUGAUCCUGAUAUAUUCUAUCUUUAUCAACAAUUCAUAUACAAAACAAUAAUCUUUGAAUCUGUCAGUAAAGUAUUGCCUGAUUAUGAAGAAGAUCAAAGUGUUCUUAAAAAUGAUGGACUUGAUUAUCCAAGUUUAUCAAUGAAAUAUAGAUGUACAACAAAUCGGUUAACUAUGAAAAUUGAUUGGGUAUCAACGUCAGGCAGUUUUUCAUUGGCAACAAUGAAAGUGAAAUUACACUCACAACCACCACCAACAACAACAUACUAUUAUUGGGAAAAAAAUGUACAAGAAAUUCAUAAAUUUCAACAGAAAGCAAAACCUGAUGAAAAUGAACGAUUAAGUGAUGCCUUAUCAUUAAUUCCAAACAAUGGUUUAUUUAUUAAUAUUAAAAUUGGAAUUAAUGGAUUUGAUCUUCUUGGUCAACAUAUAUUUCGAUGUGCACUUGAAAAAGGUAUUCAAGUAGUCGCUAUCAAUGAUAAAUCUAUUCCUCUUGAUUAUAUGAUUUAUAUGUCCAAAUAUAAUUCAACACAUGGCAAAUUUAAAGGUACAAUUUCAAAUUAUUUUAAUGGCACACUUAUUGCUAAUGGACAAGUAAUCAAUGUCUUUAUGGAAAAAGAAGCAUCAAAAAUUCCAUGGAAUCAAUUUGAUGCUGAAUAUGUUAUUGAAACAACCGAUGAAUCUACAACAAUUGAUAAAUGUCAACAACAUUUACAAGCUGGUGUUAAAAAAGUUAUCAUUACAAGAUCAUCAUCUGAUGUUCCAAUGUUUGUUAUGGGUGUCAAUCAAGAUAAAUAUACAGGAAAAGAAAGAAUUCUUUCAAGUGCAUCAUCUACAACAAAUAGUUUAGCACCACUUGUUAAAGUUGUUCAUGAAAAAUUUGGUAUUAUUGAAGGUUUAAUGACAAUUAUACAUUCAUAUACUCCUAUACAAAACAUUAUUGAUGGACCAUCAGAUAAAGGUUUGCGAUGUGGACGUGGAGCUGCACAAAAUAUUAUUCCACUAAAAACUGAUGUUGCUAAAGAUAUUGGAAAAAUUAUUCCUGAUUUAAAUGAAAAAUUAACUGGUAUAGUUUUGCAUGUUCCAACACCAAGUGUUUCAGUUAUUGAUCUUAGUAUUAGAUUAAAUACACAUGCUAAAUAUGAGGAAAUCCGUAAUACAAUAAAAGAAGCUGCUAGUGGUCCAUUAAGAAAUAUUUUAGCUUAUACUAAGGAUAAAGUUGUUUCAACAGAUUUUAUUGGUGAUACACAUUCAUCAAUUUUUAAUGCUAAACCUGGUAUUUCACUCAAUGAUAAUUUUGUCAAACUUAUUGCAUGGUAUGACAAUGAAUAUGGCUAUGCACAUUGUAUUGUUGAUCUCAUCAAAUAUAUUGCUAGGAAGGAUCGUGAAUAUCAAGCUUAA